ACCUGAAACGGAUACGACGAAUGAGGAAAAGGAAGCAUUGCAUUGUGGGAGUUGUAGUAAAUGCACUCUCGGGCUGCGUUUAGAUUCUACAGAAAUAGUCGCCUUGAGAACUACAAGUCCCAAAUACGACCGUUGAUCGUCCGUUUACAGUGCACAGUUCGAUUUGUUUUGGUUUAUGCAGACUGCGCUUUGUCACUGGUGGAGCCAAGGUCCACCUCGGUACUCUUUAACCUGGUCGUUACAGAUCUUUGACCCACUGCCAAACCCCCGAACAACUCCUCCUCCUCCAGAGCUCUGUGUGUUCGCCACCUCCCCUUUUCAGGGCCGUCGACUCGCCUCCGUAGCUCUUGUUAUCGGACCCCCAUAAAGCUGGCCUGCUAGUUUAGUUAGCAAACAAGCUAACUGAUUGCCAGAUUUCACCCAUGUCCCCUGAAGAAGAAGGGUUGAGCUCAACGUUCACGGAUUGGCUUUUCAUCAACUCCUGGUGGCUCCUUCUACCGUUCAUCAUGCUCCUCGUAGUCGCUGCGUUCAUUGUCGCCUUCGUGUUGCUGUUGUACAUGAUAUCGCCUCUUAUUAGCCCCAAACCUCUGAAACUGAACGGGGCCCACGUCGUGGUGACAGGAGGCUCAAGUGGGAUUGGGAAAAGCAUUGCAAUUGAGUGCUACAGGCAAGGAGCAUUCAUCACUUUGGUGGCACGGGAUGAGGCUAAAUUGCUUCUAGCAAAGAAAGAGUUGGAGAAAUUUGCCAUCAAUGACAAACAGGUGGUGCUCUGCAUAUCAGUGGAUGUUUCCAGUGAUUAUAGCCAGGUGGAAAGUGUGAUAAAACAGGCUCAAGAGAAGCUGGGGCCUGUUGACAUGUUGGUGAACUGUGCUGGAACAUCCUUCUCUGGAAAGUUUGAGGAGGUGGAAGUGGACCGCUUUAAAAAACUGAUGGAAGUGAACUACCUGGGCAGCGUUUACCCGACACGGGCCGUCAUAACCACUAUGAAGGAGCGAAGAAUGGGCCGCAUCAUGUUCGUGUCCUCCCAAGCAGGCCAGAUCGGCCUGUUUGGAUACACUGCCUACUCCCCAUCCAAGUUUGCCCUGCGUGGCUUAGCAGAGUCGCUGCAGAUGGAGAUGAAGCCAUACAAUAUCUAUGUGACUGUGGCCUACCCCCCUGACACUGACACUCCAGGAUUGGCUGCGGAAAACAAGAUAAAGCCCCUUGAGACCAAGUUGAUCUCGGAAACCUCUGGAGUCUGUCAACCAGACCAAGUCGCAAAAAUCAUUGUUCGGGAUGCAGUGCAGGGGAACUUCAACAGCUCUGUGGGACCCGAUGGUUACAUGCUAUCAGCCCUCACUUGUGGAAUGUCACCUGUGACCUCCAUCACAGAAGGUCUCCAGCAGAUUGUUACCAUGGGAUUAUUUCGGACCAUCGCCCUCUUCUACCUGGGGAGCUUUGACAGCAUUGUGCGUCGCUGCAUGAUUCAGAGGGAGCAGUCGAAAGCAGCUGAUAAGAGGGAGUAACAGCAGCCUUACCUUCAUCACAGCCCAAUGCCCCUCCUCCUCCUCCUCCACAACACCCCCAACCCCACCCCAUCCCACUCCAGCUGUACAAGUGCACAACCAUAGGUGGGAAGAAAGGCCAAGCUUUGAGUGCAUAUCAACAGAUGGGAUGAGAGAAAGUGGCAGAUGUUUACUCUAUGCUUGUCCUCCAUAGACUUUCAUAGUCAUUUUGAUUUUUUCUAUCCUCUCAGAGCAUUCCAGUGACUUUUCAGUUUAAUGUGUCCACCUGCUUCUUUUUGUGGGAGCAGCCUUACUUUUAAGGGAAUGGGGGCAGACUAAACAUCCCACAGCCUGGUUUUAAAGUAGGUAGGCUUUGUAGACCACUGACUAGAUAUCAGGCUUCCACUUGCACAUUGCAGGGUUGUUUUUUUUCUGCACAGAGAAGGAAAAGCAACAGAUAGCCUGUCUGACCGGUUGUGCCAAAUAUGGCUUAAAGUUCCCUCCCACCAGGGGCUAUAGUGAAAACCAGAAUGGUAACUCUAAGCUUUUGUCAUUUUGUGUCUUGUAUCGCAAAAUUAGGUCCACCUUGUAGGAAUUUCACAGUUUUCACUAAAUAAGGCCCUUCUUCUCUACCUUUUUCAUACCACAAGUCUUUGCAGGCAAAGCACCUUCCCUUUUUUGAAUGAAUAACAUCUGUGUUUGAAACCAGUUGUGACCCUCGGUGUUUUGUUUAUGUUGUGGGAUGUUUUGUUUAUGUGCUAUGUGUGUUUGUGUUUGUGUGUGUGUGUGAACCAAGCCUAGAUGUGAGACAACAGUACUCUUCAGUGAGAGAGCACGUGUGAUGUUAUUUUUUUAAAUUUUACUAAUGCAAAAAUAUAAUUUCCAGAAAAUAAUAAUAUUCAAACAUUUUAGAUGCAAUGUUGCAGCAAAAAUAUUUUUGGGUGACUGAAAGUGUGUGUUUUGUGUUUGCUGUGACUGAGCCAAACCAGUGGGGAGAGAAAAGCCAUUAGAUUUUAUCGUCUCGGGAUUAAAACGUUAAAACCAAAUUAUUUUCUUGGCAUCCUAUUUUAUUUCAUUGAGAAAAGAAAGCAGGUACUAUGGGUUGAAGCCAUGAAAUCAAAAGAUGGAGGGUGGAAGGGGGAGAAGAUAGCACAGGUAAUUUCAUUUUUCACUUGUGAAUAUGACCAAGUUCAAUACACCUUUUUUUCAUUAAAUAUCUGAAAGGAAGCGUAUCGUUUUUUUACAUGCAGUUUGAUGUGUCGGUGCACAUAUUCAGCGACCCCAGCCAGUCGAGGUCCAAGUGGGAUCCAUCAUUUGUUGGGGCGGUGUUAAGUCAGGGCAGGGCAGGGCAGGACUUGCUGGUUUCGAGUCAUGUCCCUGUAGGUCUAGUGAGGGCGCUAGAGAUUUGUUUUACAUAAAGGCCAAAAUAGUAGAGGGACUGGCAUGGAAGUGUUCCUCUGAUUUUUGACCUGCUGUCACCCUCUCAUGCACAGUUGGGACUCUGCAGCUCCCUAAAUGACAAUAUUGAUUCCCUCCUUGAAGAAUCUUGUAUUUACCACGUUUUUUUUUUCCAUAUGUUUUGCAUAUAGAGGGAGAAAAAGUACAGCGUCGACUCUUGCAAGUCUUCCUUCGGUCCAUCACAAAACAGGGAGAAUGUACUUUAAUACAAAGCAUACAAAUCAGAACGUUAUUUUUAAAUACACCAAUAUUUGAAUGCCAAAAUGUGUUAAGACAAUUUCUGUAGAUGCAAUGCAUUUAUUUGAGAUUAAUUUCAAUGUUGCUGCUCUGUUGAUGUUAUAGAGUUAGUUUGUUAAAGCUGUGGAGCAGUGUGGGGACCCAUUCUAAGCCUUAAGACGUGACUACUGAUGAAGCUAAUGCUAGAAGAAUGGACCUGUCCGCAGAACAAUGUGGUUUACCAGUUCAUUUAAUACUUAAUCUUUAAUACUUUUCAGUGUAAAAUGCCAACUGUUUUUUGUGUAUUUUUUGUCAAUUUCCAGUCUUUGUAUGACAAAAAGAAGCCUUACAGAAAUCCAAGUUAUGAAAGUGAGAAUGGUUGACUCACGUUUGAUGAUGUUCUCAUUUGAAAUUGGUUUAAAAGGCACACCGUCUGCACUCAAAAGCUUUUCAUAAUUGUACAUUUAUUGCUUUCAAAUCUUUUCCCUUGAGGUAGCAACACAUAGUUGAUAGAACAUGUAGCCCAUAUAAAAGCAAGUUUUGUUUUAACCUUUAAGCUAUGCAAAUGAAGCCUAUGCUUACAAUAUGUUUGAACAUACAGUCAAGAUUUAAGAUCUGUAACCGUCACGCUAGUUUCCCUUAUUUUAAUGGUGUCAUCAUCAGAUACUUUGAGUAUUGAACAUGAAAGUCAUAACGCACUCUUUUGGUUCAUAAUUCUUUCUUUGCUUUUUAAUUUUUUUCUGCCAAAAAACUUAACACCUUCACCUUGUGUGCCAUUGAAAGAAAAUGUGAGAAGUGGAACGUUUCUUUGUCUUAUUUUCUUACAUGAUAAACUAAAUAAAUAACUGUGAAGAAAAAACAAA